AUGGGCUGGUGGCUUAUAUUAUUGGCGGUCGUCGUUGCCGUGUUGACGAUUCCAUUAGUGUUGUACUUGGUUGUUCUGUUCCAGGCGGAGGAGGACAAGAACGAAGCAUGGUUUCCGAAAGUCGUUGUCGUGCUUUCCUUCUCAAUGGCAUGCUACAAUGUUCUUGUGCUACCGUACGAUGUAGCAAACGUGCGGGAAGGCCUUUACAACCCAGGUGGGGAAAUUAACGUCACUGUCAUGUGGAUAGUCAUCCUUGUUAUGAUGUUUGUUUUGUGUUUUAUCAUGUGCCCCUUUGCGAUGGCGUACUACGAAUCUAUGGACCCAGAUCAAACGAGCAUCUGGCAGCAGGUGAGGCCGGCGGCUAUUGUGACCGUCAUCAUCGUGGUCGUAUUCCUGGCGCUCUUCUUCAUCUGCUGGACAACAGCAGGGUAUGCCAGUAUAUCGUACGCGGCCUAUUCGACGCUGGGCCCACCAUCCCCUAGCUUCACGGAAAUUAAGGAAUUUGGCGAUACUUCGCAUAGUGCCACACUGCGAUUCAAGGUGUCGCUCUUUGUGUACUUUGUCGCUCUCACUUGCACGAUUGGGUGGCUAUUGUUUUUUCUCUUUGGUGGCGUUGGUCUGGCUGCAAUGCCUAUUGACUUUGUUAUGCUGUUCAGACACCGCCCGAAGCCGAUCACUGCCGCAGAGUACGCCCUUCGACGGGCGGAGGUUGCGCAAGAGUCGCAGCGCCUCAUGGAUGAUGGAAGAAAGAUCGAAGAAGAUGAGAAGACGGGCCACUCUGGCAGACGGCACCGUGAGAAGGUACUCACGUUCAAGCUACAGGUGCGGGAGUUGGAGGCGUACCAUGACAAGAUUGAAACCUCUUACCGUGAAGGAGGCGGUAUGGUGGUGAAGAGCUACCUUUACCUCUUCCUGGGCAUUGUGUUUGCAUCCAUGUCGCUCAUGUGGGCGCUGCAGAUGAUAAUCCACAACAUGGCGCAUGCCCACCCGCUACUGAACAAUAUGUUCCGUGGCCUAGACAAGACAUUCAUGCUCUUUGGUGUACUAGCGUACGGCUGCUUCUCGUUCUACUUGCUUUGGUGCGUCGUGAAGGGUUGCAUCAAAAUUGGUGGCAAUUUGGUGCUGUUCCAAGUGUACCCAAUGGAACUGAAUAACACGCUUAUGAAUGCGUUUCUCUUCAAUGCAAUGCUAAUCAUGAUUACUUCCAUGGCUGUUGUGCAGUUCUGCACCGUGAGUUUUUCUGAGUACGCUACCAAUACGAAUGUCGGCGCAAUGUUCACGGUAUACGUGGCGAAUCUACAGGGAAUAAAAUACGUCGUGAUGUACCUGCAAUAUCCUCUGCUCGUUAUCGCCUGCCUCUCCGUCGCUUGGCUGCUCAUAUGCCCGAAGCGGCGUGUUGAGGACACUUAG